UCGCCGGUUCCCGCUGGGAAUUCAUUUACGCUUCUGUUCAUUUAAACAAAAUAGGUCGGCGCAGUUUAAGUUGCGCAAGGAUGGCGGACUCGGAGUCACCGAAAGACACGCUUUCGGACGAGGAGAGGGAGUUUCAGAAGAUUGUAGCAGAACUUGGAGGUAGAGAGAGGAUUUAUUUGGUCAGUGAUGUUUGUAGAAGUAAAGAAUUGGACGGGGAUGACGCUGAAAUAUUGCAGGAGUUCGUACACGACAUGUUUCACGACGGCAGCCGUGUGGCAAACGGUGAUGGGGGACCCCAGUCGAGUCCGGCAAGCAAUCGUGGUCAUAAAGCGAAUGCAAACCACGUUGUCUGCAAGGCGGAGACUGGUGAGGGCAGUGAAAUGCGUCCAACAGCAAGGCCCGAGGAAUUGGAAUUGAGAAACCGGGCGGUGGGAGAGGACGGAGACAAGGAGAGACAGCUAACGAGCAAAGGCAAUUCUCAGAGGACAGCAACGAGGAGAGCGAACGUCCACAGCUUAAAGCGAACGAUAGACUCUCCUGUCAUCAUUUUCGUCUUCAGACAAACUUUCAUCAGCCGAGCUCCAAAUGAAGUAUGCUUAAAGGAGAUCCUAAAGGACAUAAAGGCGCGCACGAAACGUGUAACAACGCCUCGACCAGCUCUGAUUGGAUUAAUCCGCACCACACAGGAGAGCGCAGAGACGCACCUGUGCGCCCAGAUUCUGGAGCGUCUGAUCCGCUCAGUGUUCCGUAAACAUUCACCAGAGGCAAUAUGGGUCGGCUGCUUCAUCCCGAAGACAGAGGCCCAAAUGCUCAGUAUCAAGAAAAACGCCUGCAGAGUUAUAUAUUCAUCUCAAGCAGCAGAUAAUACUAGGGGUGAAGGGAACCCAGUUUUCUGGCCAUUACAACAUUGGUUCAGGCAUCGGCGUAGAGAAGACAGUGGUCAGACCAACAACUCCAGUAGGCAAAGAGGUGGCACUCAAAAUGCAGAGGAGGGAAUCCCUCUGAAAACCUGUGCCUUGUCUGCUGGACCAAAUGUGAAUGGAGAACCAUCUUGAGGAGACAACUGAUGUCAUGUGUUGGCCUCAGAGCUUUGCUACAGUGUCACAGGGUUUCAUUGUCAUGCUCAGGGACCUGCUUAUGAGCCAGCAUGAUUCUUGUCCUGAAGCAGUGAUGUUGAUUUAAAGCCACACAAAGACAGUCAGGUGGGAGCGUGCAUUAGUUUGUUACGUGAUGAGAAAGCAUUAUUGGCGAGGCUAGACGGUUUACCGCAUAAGUACUCCUAUAACACGAUGCGAGACUUGAUUACUGGCUCACUGUCUAUCAGUUGACUUAUAUCUGGAAAUUACACGGCAUUAAAGAACAAAAUCAACAUAUGGUAAAAGCCUUAAAAUAGGAAAUCUUACACAGUUCACCCAGUCCAUCAGGUGGCAUUCUCACGUAGAAAAAUUUAACUAACUUCACAAAACUCUAUUAACUGAAUUAUAGGGAGUUUUGGUCCUUUGUUUUGGUUUUUUUUUUUGUGUGUGUGUG